AAAAGUUUUACUUAUACAACUCCUGUCUGUUUCCGCUGCUGGGUCCACUCACAGACUAAGCCAAACCCCCUGACUGGAAAAGGUUAAAAGAAGCUGAGUAGGUGGGAGGCAGUCACAGUGUGACUACAGAAGGUGAGCAUAUCAGUGUUAGAAAGCAUCCACUCUCACAACCUGACUUAUAGUGACUUUAAAUAAUGUAACAGUAUGUUUGAUGUAUUUUAGAAAUUGUUUCUAAAAUCUGAUUGGUGUGAAUAUGCUAAGAUUUGUUUAUUUUAUGAAUGAUUGAUGUUUUCUUUCACAAAGAUCUAUUUUAAAUUUCUGAACUUAACAACUACAAUUUUUUUUUAAACAAGGAGAGGGAUCAUGAUAAACUCUACACAGUUUUCAUAUUUUACACUUGCUGCCUACUUUGACACUGGGGUUUUGAAAUACUUAUAUUUCCUCAUUAUUCUGACUUUAUAUAUGUUAAUUCUUUGUGCCAAUCUUCUGCUCAUUGUGGUUAUCUGUAUGAACAGAAGCUUACAUGAACCUAUGUACCUUUUUCUGUGCAGCCUGUUUGUAAAUGAGCUGUAUGGUAGUACAGGGUUGUUUCCAUUCCUUCUGCUUCAGAUUCUCUCUGACAUUCACACUGUUUCUGCUCCUUUUUGUUUCCUGCAGAUUUACUUUCUGUACUCUUAUGGAUGUGUAGAAUUUGUGACCUUAGCCAUCAUGUCUUAUGAUCGAUACCUUGCAAUCUGUUAUCCUCUACAAUAUCACACACGUAUGACGUCUAAAACGGUUGCAAUCCUUACCACAUUAAUAUGGUUAUACGGUGUACUUUUUACUGGUGUCAUGUUGUCUCUGAGUGUCCCUUUACAGCUGUGUGGGAACACAAUUCAAAAAGUGUACUGUGACAACUACCCCAUCGUUAAACUGGCCUGCUCUGACACCACUGUAAAUAACAUGUAUGGAAUUGUUCACAUGUGUACAGUAAUCUUUGGUCUUAUAAUUUUAAUUCUCUACACGUACAUGAGGAUUCUUAAAGUGUGUUUUUCUGGUUCUAAACAGACCAGACAAAAAGCUGUCAGUACCUGCACUCCUCACCUUGCUUCUCUGCUCAACUUUUCUUUUGGGGCUUUCUUUGAAAUAAUGCAGAGCAGGUUUAAUCUGAGCAGUUUACCCAAUAUGUUGCGCAUUCUUUUGUCAUUAUACUGGCUUACAUGCCAACCGCUCGUCAGUCCUUUAGUGUAUGGACUGAAAAUGUCCAAAAUACGCACUGUUUAUAAAAGUCUGCUCUUUGGGGGAAAAAAUUAACUACAAAUGUUAUCUGACAACUACCAGAAAUUCUUCAAUAAAAAGAAAUACAUUCAUUGAAUGAGAUAAUUUAUGAAAGUACUACUUUGAACUAUAUAAUCUAACAACCUUU